AUGUGGGGAAACAGGAACAGGAAUGUUUCUGUCCAGCUGAAGACAGCAGCCCCCCUGCUGGACGGGACGAUGGACGGAGAGGACGAGGAGGUGCAGGUGUCUCGUCUGCAGAUGGAGAGAGAGAGGGACGAUAGAACCCCGACAGAACACAAGUGUCCUGCUGUGUGUGACAGUCUCCACAGUUCAGUCCACUCCAAAGAAAACAGUCCGAUGAUGAGAGCUGUGCUGUGUGCUCAGGUGUGUAAGGUGUACAGGUUUCUGACGGAGGAUCAGCGAUGGCUGCUCGUCAGGGAACAGAUGUCUGAGACGCCGCUCUCCUUCUCUUUACCCAAACAGCUGCUGAGAGCGCUCAUCCACGAGCACACACUCAGAGUCCAGGAAGUGAAGGAGCUCGGGGACCUGCCCCCCCACUGGGACGGACUCCGCCAUGAUGUCAUCAACCACUGUCACUGCCUGAUUGGCUGUUACCAGGAGACGCUGGCCGAGCUCGACAAACUCUCGGCGUCGACCUGCUUCAAGUCGAGCAGCAGUAGAUCAGACCUCCACCUUCAGUUUGUCCCGACCAACCUGCACUCACAGAGGAUGGAGGUCACCAGCCCCAACAGCACGGGGGUUUGGUAUGACGUCAUAACGUUCGGUGCUCCGGCUCAUCACCAGCAGACCUUCAGACAUGGAGGAUUGAGAAAGCUGCUGAGCAAACACACCAAGUACAGGGAGAGCUCCGUGUCCUGCUCUCAGGACGAGAGCUCCAGAGCCAGGGAGCUGCUGAGCAGCGUGGCCCGGCUCCAGCCUCUGGUCUUCGGCUGCGCUGAGGAGCUGCUCGCCGUCGCUCUGGAGCUGAACGCCGCUCGACUGCAGCCGGUGCUGGACGGCCUCCGUCACCAGACGGAGCAGUUUGUCCACGCUCUCAAACACGAGCUGGUGAAGAGCGCUCUGUCUGCGAUUCACAAGCAGCUCACCUGCAGCCGCCAUGUCCAGAGCAACGGGCUGCUCUGUGGACACUCAGCCAAUCAGGAGGGGCCGUCUUCCAGUGGUCAACAGGACGACCUCCGACGGGACGCGGCGUACGAAGAGGAGGAGGAGGAGUGGGACAGGGCGUGGGUGAACGUCGCCAUGAGCCUGAACUGCAUCAUCACCAUGGUCGCCCGGCUGCAGGGGGGGGAGCAGCGCCCCCUGGAGGUGACCUCAGCAGAGCAGCAGGAGUCACCGACCAACGCUCACAGCAGCGCCUCCUCCUCCUCCUCCUCCUCCUCCUCCUCCUCCUCCUCUGCGUCCUCCUGGCAGGAGCAGCUGCUCCCUCUGGUGGUCACUCUCAGGGAUUGUGUGCGCGAGGCUGUGGCGAAGGCGCAGGCUGCCAUGACCCUUGUGGUCCUGCAGGGGGCGGUGGCCCCGACUGUGGACCAGGGGCCCGCACGGAUCGUCCAGAGACGCCACGCCGUCUUCAGCCAGGCGCUCUCUGCGCUCGUGUGUGGUUUCACCACGAAGCUGAACGUCGGACUGGAAGAUCCCGACUUCCUGAGGCAGCUCCACCUGGUGGGAGUCCUGGCCCAGUUUGAAAGUCUGCUCAGCACCUGUGGUGACGAGCUGGGGAUGCUGGAGGACAUGGAAGUGGGCGUGUCCGAUCUGAGCCAAGUGGCGUUCACCGUCACCGAGGCGACCACGGAGCAACCGGACGACCUGCUACCAACACUCAGCGGAACAUGGGGCAGUUUUGUCGUCGAGGUCCAGUUGACCCCGGAGAUGUUCACCCUGUUGCCACGGGAACUAAAAGAGGGGGGUUUGAUCCGGGUCCAUCCGGUUCUGUUCAACAUCGGAAUCAACCAGAGGCCGAGUGUGGCUGAGAGGUUUGGGGACAGCUCGCUGCAGGACACAGUGAAUCAGCAGAACUGUGAGCGUCUGAGACUUUACUGUGAAUCACUGAGAGACCAGCUGCCUCACAUGGCUGCGGUCGAGUCUCUGUCCGACUUGUUGUCGUCUCUGGACCGAAGCAUCGACAGGAGGAAGGAGAACGUGGAGGUUCUGUGGAUCGCUGCUUCGGUGUGUCGUUCGGUGAGAGGUGUUCGCCUGACGAGCUGUAAGAGAGCUACAGACCGCACGGCCAUGUCAGUGACUCUGGAACAAUGUGUGUUACUGAGAGAACGACACACACUCAGUGAGGCGCACUUCAACACUGCACUGGACUGCAUGAGGAGGUCUCGUCUGUCCUGGGGACAGAUGCUCGGCUGCUAUGCCCGGUCAGGGUUCAUCGUGUCAGGGUCAGAUCCAGGGUCAGAUCCCUCUGGUCAGCGGGGCCCCUGGCCCCCGCUCUGUUUGGCCCCCGAGGCCCCGAGACGUCACAUGUAUCCGGUGGCGUUUCUCCUGGUGACCUCCCAUCUCCUCGUCUUGUGGCUCAUCCUCAGCCUCGUGCUACUGUUGUCCAGACUGUAAAUAAAGGUGGGCCGCCCCCUGGUGGCUGGCUGCAGUAUCGCCAUAAAUGCUCCUUCAUGUCAGCAGAUGGGACUAAACCAAACAAAUAAAAUCCAAGUAGUGUGUGUGUGUGUGUGUCUGUGUAUGUGUGUGUGUGUCUGUGUGUGUCUGUGUGUGUGGGGACGGCUGCAGGAUGGACAACGUGCUGAAGAACGUCGGCAGCAGGACCUUCUCCUCAGACGUUCAUCUCCUCACUUUCCACAAACUGCACCGACCUCCUGACGGCAGCUAUGGCUCCGCCCCCUGACAAAUCCACU